AUUUCUCUUCCUAUCUACCAGCAUAUACUUUUGUUCAUGUCUACGUGUAUAUACAUAUGUGUAUGUAUGUGUGUGUGUUGUGAGGUAUUUCAGUGCCGAAUGAUGUUUCCCUGGCAACAAAGACACUCUAAGUACACAAAGUAAGUGAAGCAUAUGGAGAAACCAAUAUGUAUAAAUUUGUUAAACAACAGGUUGGUGAUUCCUCAUCAGAAUCUGAAGAAAUAACCAUGGAACUACUGCAGUGGUUAGAACAACACAUUCAAACAUCUUUACAACCAAAACUUGAAGAGCAGAAGUCCUUCAUGUCAAACAGUAAACAUAGAAGAAUUCUGCUUGAAUUCUUGAGAAAAGAACACAACACUCAACUGUGCAUCUUCACCAAGAAUACUGGAACCCUUCACGCUGCUCUCCAACCACCAUCAGCAUUGUAUACAAAAUCAUUAUUCUUUCUUAAAAGACAGCAACACUGGAUUAUCACACCAAAUAAUAUUGAUGAUGAAAUCCUGUAUUUUGAAUGUCUUCCUAUUCCAAUGGAGCACCUAUAUUUGGAAAUCAAAGAAAUAUUUCUACCUUUCAUCUGCAAUAAUAUAGUUCUUUCAAAGACAACAAACCAUGAAAGCAACAAAAUACUCAAUGUUCUGCACAGUUUAUUCUAUUCUGUUGAAGUUGCAGACAAAAUGGCUAAAGGAGAAAUAGUGUUGGUUCAGCCAUUGACAGAGCUCUUGGAUCCUGCAGUUAUAAACUCACAAAGAUAUCCAGCAAUGAAAUAUCUCUUGGAGUCAACACUAAUUUCUUGGAUUUCAGAAACUAAGACAAUAUUAUUACAUGAUCCUGACAAAGACUUGCUGACUAAUUUUGGCAUCAGCCCUACACCCGAAGAUCAAUUGAAAAUAUGGAAUGAGAAAUUAAAAAAGUUGCAUUCAUUUCUCACUCAACUCCAUUUACCAAUUAACCAGAAGAUUAUUGAAACUCUUCAAAGAGUAGACAGUCCUUUUGUUGCUGCCAUCAUUUAUAUACAAAAACAAGCUGUCCAAGUUAUUGAAAUAUGUGAAACAGUCAUACCAUACUUUGAAUCUUUGUGGAGAUGCUGUAACAAAAUUGAGAAAUGCACAAAACCAGAAGAGAUUCUAUUAUAUUUUGAAUCAUUGAUGAAAGCUUUGUUCUUCAUGUGGUCGCACUCAACGUAUUGCCAUCAGAAAAGUAAAUUCAGCCUAACCAUUCAACUACUUUGUAAUUUCCUUAUAAACAAAGCAGAAAGCAUGAUUAAUGAUAACAUUCUUGAAGACCCAGAUACUUCACAAGAAAAUCUGAAAUGGGCUCAAAAAAUAUGUACAACAUUCCGAGGAACCUACCUUGAUUUUAAAGCUAAAGCAGAAGAUGUGAACUACCAAAAUGUCAAGUUGCUGAAGGAAAGAAUACGUGAAAGAAACAUCUAUAAAACGAGGUUUGAGAGAAUAAAUACCACUAGUUCUACAAAGGUUACCAAGCAACAAGAAAUGUCAGAUCUGUCUGAAGAAGACCUUUUACUAAUAGAUUCUUCCUGGCCUAAUCAUAAUUCAGUUGCUUUUAAAUAUCUCAAUGAUUUUAUGGACAGAUGUAAUGAUGUCCAGGAAUUGAUUGAAACUGACCAACACUUCAAAGAACUUUCAGCAGUUGCAGAAAUUGGUGGUAUUGGAGAUGCUUGUACUGAUAGGAUUAUCAAAGAGAUUUCCAUCAAAUAUUCUGAGAGCAUCCAAGUUUUUUGGACUUCAAUACCUAAUCUGAUGAAUGUAAAAGAGAUUCAGCCAUUUGAAGCGAACUUUUACAAACUACGUUCAGUUUCGAAGAGUCUUGAAGUUCAACUUUCUGGGAUUCUACUGAAAUCUCUCACAGAAUGCCAUUCUCCUCAUUCACAAAUGCGUUUGCUUCAAAUAUUUCACUCCACCAUAAAACAAACACAAGUAAAGAGAAACAUCAAUGGAAUAGUGAGCGACCUUGUAGAUGAUUUCUGGAAACAAAUCUUACAUUUAGAAGCUAUGUUCAAUGAUCAGCACAAGUCACCAUAUAGGCAUUGGAACUUCUCACCAGAAAUAAGUCGGAUCUUAUGGAUUCAUGGACUGCUGAACAACGUUCAGAAACUUAUGUCAAACAUAAAAGAGAUAUGUCCACAUAUUCAGGAAGAAGAGAAAAAGCAGACCAUGAAAGUUCAUUUCAAGGAAUUAUUAGAAAAAUUUGAAAGUUACAAAUUGGAUGCUAUUCAAAAAUGGCUGAGCAAACUUGACGGACAAUAUUCAGAAAAACUCAAGCAAACAUUAUUGACAACUGAAGAUUAUGAUGAAACUGAACAAGACAGACCUUCUGUUAUCUAUGUUAAUUUACCUGCUGAUCUUCUGAGAAUACUUAAAGAAAUGCGAUAUCUUUCUUUGGAACCAGUGGAGUUUACUUGUCAGAUAAGUGUUACAGAUAUAUUAGGGGAUGUUCAACUGACAGAACUACAGACUGCAAUCAGCAAACUUCAGAUGGUUGUCCAGAAGUACAAUACUAUCUUUCAGAUUAUAAAUGAUGUGGAAAUACCAUUUUUUGAAGGGAAAUUCUCAGAGAUUGAUCAUCUAAUUAACGAUGGCCUUCAGCACUUAACAUGGAAGAUGAAAGAAUCAUUAGAUUUUAUUGAAUCAGCAAUGUCUCUUGUUUGCAAUGAUGUUUAUCAAAGUCUGGAAACUGUACAGUCUAAUCAUAACUUUAUUGUUGAAACAACAUCCAGCUGGAUACUUUACUCACCACAGCUUCCGAUUGAUCAACAGCCAUUUACUAUGGAACAACUGAAACUGUUUGAAAUUACCAUUUUACAGAAGCUCAAAGAAGUUCUUCUACCAUCUAAUCACAGGAUUGAUUCUUUGUUAAAAUCUUCAUUACAAGUUCUUGAUAUCAGUGAAAUAUCCCCAUGUUGGCAAGACUACCUGCUACAUGUAGAUCAGAUUAUUGUCGAUGGUUUAAAGAAUGCAAUCCAGUCUCAACUCAGCAUAUUGUUAUCCUUCCUCUCUGGUAAUUCUGCUUCAAAGGAUGUAAUGUCAGUUCCAUUUCUUAUCGUAAAUAUCCUUUUGGUGGAUAAUGCCAUUGUGUUUGAACCUGUCUUGGAGCAGACCAUCAAUUCACUAAGUAUACGUGAAGUGAUUCACUUAUGGAUCACUGACUUACUUGAACUGGUUUCUUUUCUACCAUUGUACAGUGAACAGGGAAAUUACCAAAACUUUAUUGAGAGUGAUGUAGAAAUUCAGAACUUAGUAUUAGAAAUUGGCAAAUGUGUUGAAGAUGUGGUGAGUAGAUGCCAGGAAGUCAGCAGCAAAUUUGAACCUUAUAGUUACCUGUGGACACAAGAAAGUGAAUGUGAAGACCUUGAUGUGAUUUUGUGCAAGGCAUCAACUAACAGAGAACUAUAUCCCUAG